AUGGCAAACAAUACAAUACACCACGAAACACAGAGUGUGGUCCCUGGGGCCUGUGGUCUUAUUGGCCUAGUUGUUGUGAUGGCCUUCAUCGUCUGGCUGAUUCGCUUUUUGGCCCAUGAGGGCAGACUAAGUGACCCACAAAGGGCACUCAUUGUGGAGGAGUCUGGUACCUCCACGGUGGGAGCGGAAGCGAGAUCAGAUAGCGACGAUGGCAUUCCGACCCGGUGGAUCCGCGUUCCUCGGGGAUACCGUCUCCCCCAGAAGUCGAAGAAGGUCAACCCACUGGCCGAAGUCGUCGGUGCCUUCGGGGCAGCAAAUAGUUAA